AUACAAUAAUCUAUUAGCAAGUCAUUUCGCUACAGAGCUGCUUGGGAUUUCAACAUUAUUAUACUGAAUAUUUUUUAUCAUACACAAAAGUUUGUGAAGUUAAGUUUAUUUCAAGUGAAGAUUUGAAAUUUAUUCCCGCUAUGUUUCUAUAUCAUAAACAUGUGUGUCAGCGCAAACAUUCAGCGAAUACAUAGUAACAACUGUACUGUCACAUGAGGCUCAACAAUUGUACCUAUAACGAUUGAGUUUGGUGGAGAUUUGUGAGAAAAUAAAGUGCCGAAUAGACAAAAUGCAAGCGAGUAACGAGGAAUUGUAAAGCGUGCGCAUGAUUGUCAUAACAAGAAGCCUGUACCGACUGAUGGAACAAGCUAGAUAUCCUAGGUAGAAGCUGACAGAAAUCUAACAUCAUGGGUGUGCUGCUCUAUGCGAAGAUAGUGCUGCGGAUAGUGUUUGUGAUAUUGAACAACAUCUACACGAUUCCGACAUACUGCUUAUGGAUGCUGGUGCUGCAGCCUUUCAAGCACCUGCACCCCGACUUCUACUGGAAGAUGGAGGGCAUCUUCUUCCACUGGCUGCUGGCCAUGGUUAGCAUGUGGAGUUGGUCAGCCGGAUAUGACAUCGUCGAGGUGGGUGACGACAUCCGGUGUUGCCUGUCUUGCCGCACCCUGGUGAUAGCCAACCACCAGUCGACGGCAGAUGUGCCAAUGCUGAUGGCCACAUUCAACGCUCGGCCCACCGUCCUGCCCAACAUCAUGUGGAUCAUGGACCGCGUCUUCAAGUUCACCAACUUCGGCAUUGUCUCUGUGCUACACGAGGACUUCUUCAUACUGUCUGGCCGAAAGGCUAGGGAUGAAGGUAUCACCCAGCUGCGCAACCAUUUGCACAAUUCUUACUUGCCGCGUAACCGGAAGUUGAUGAUUCUGUUUCCGGAGGGAGGCUUUCUGCGCAAGCGCCGUGAGGCCAGUCAGCGAUACGCGCUCAAGCACAACCAUCCCAUACUCAACCACGUGUCGUUACCAAGAAUGGGAGCCAUGCAGGCGAUAAUUGACACCCUGACACCGUCAACGUCGGCCAACAACAAACUCUCUUCGAACAACAACAGCACCGACUCGAGUUCGCAGUCGUCGACGACAUCGCCGGCCGAGUCGCUGUCGUCGGUCACGACGCCGCUGAAGUUGUCGCAGCACCACUCUGGCGGAGGCAGCGUGGCAGCCGACGACCAGCUGAGUUGGGUACUCGACAUCACUGUGGCCUAUCCGGAGGGCAAGCCCCUCGAUUUGCCCACUAUCAUUUGCGGGCAGCGCAAGCCUUGUCAGACGCUCCUGUUCUACAGGAUGUAUCCUAUUGCACAGCUACCCAAAGAGCCUGAAGAACUGAUGAAAUGGCUGUUCGCGAGGUGGGAGGAGAAGGAGAAAAUUCUGAGUCAUUACUACCAGACGGGGGAACUGCCAGUGAAGGAGUACUGCACCUCCCCCAUGCCCCCCCAGCGGGUAGUCCAAGAUGGCCUCCGCUUCUUCAUCCUACACAUGUUCUUCAUCGCAUCCACCUAUCUACACUACAGGCUACUCACUUAUUUCUAUACGUUGGUCUGGUAAUACACCAUCAUCAACUAUCUUUGAGAUACAGCGAAUGAUAGUACACUAUCAGUGAAUUUAUCUUUGAGAUACGGUGUUAUGGUAGUUCACUAUCAAGAACUAUGUUUGAAAAACAUUGGUGUGGAAGCAACCGUCUUUGGUUGAGAAAGAGACGUCUCUUUCUGGUGUGGUCCGAGAAUUGUCUAUGAAAAACGAUCUUCGAGAUACAGUGGUAUGGUAUCAAGUAGUUCACUUGGUAGUUCACUAUUCAUGAACGAUAUUUCAAGUGCGGUGGUAUGGUAGUUCACUAUUCAAGAACGAUAUUUGAAGUGCGGUGGUAUGGUAGUUCACUAUUCAAGAACGAUCUUCGAGAUACGGUGGUAUGGUAGUUCACUAUCUAAGAACGAUCUUCGAGAUACGGUGGUAUGGUAGUUCACUAUCUAAGAACGAUCUUCGAGAUACGGUGGUAUGGUAGUUCACUAUUCAAGAACGAUAUUUGAGGUACGGUGGUAUGGUAGUUCACUAUCUAAGAACGAUCUUCGAGAUACGGUGGUAUGGUAGUUCACUAUCUAAGAACGAUCUUCGAGAUACGGUUACGGUAGUUCAGUAUCUAAGAACGACCUUUGAAGUAUGCUUGAAUGGUAAUAUUUCACCAAUAUCAACUGAAAACAACUUGAUAUUGUCAAAAUCACCGGAUAUUAAAACAAUUUAAGAUACUAGUUUUGCUUUCUUAGUAGCUGUGAAGGUGAUAUUUUAGUAGUUCAUACUGAAUAGAAAUCUGUGUUUAGACAAGAUCUAGUCUUUUUAUUCAAUACUAGUUUUGGUUGAUACACUUUUAUCAGUAGGGGUACUAAAAUUAUUAAAACAAAAAAGUUAUCUAGAACCCGUUUUUUAUAUUUUAUGAAUCACAACUAUAUCAACCCAUUGGCACGCCAUUCUCAAGUAGUAAUUUACACUUGAAAAUGGCUCUAAUGAGUUGAAAUUAGUUGUAAUUUAUUAAAUGUACUUGAUUAUUUAAUUUUCAAUAGUUUUGGUUGUUACACCAUUAUCAAUCUCUUGUAAACUUAAAGCUUAAACAUUGAACAUCAGAAUUUAUAGUGUGGGUGAAGCCCUGCAAUUGGCCAGUAGCUGUCGUCCAAUAAAGGCUGAGCUUUACUGACUACAUAGGCCGAGACAAGACUCGGUAGUAGAGCUUAUCCUUCAUUGGUCAACAGCUAAUGGCCAAUUGUAGAGCUUCACCCUCAAUACAUUUGUAGUUUGAUGCUCAAUUUUUAAGCGUUUAGUUUACUAGGGAUUGAUAAUGAUGUAACAACUAAAAUUAGUAUCUCAAAUUAUUUUUGUAAACCCGUGAUUUUGUCAAUAUCAAGUUCUUUUCAGUUAAUAUGGUUAUUUACUACAACAUUACCUUAACAACACCACUGAAAGUUGAUAAAUUCUUUAUCAAUGAUCGAUCUUUCAAAUAUGAUGAUUAACAAUGAACUAUCUUCGAGAUUAUGGUGGUGUCAAAGUA